AUCACGAUCUGGUAAGAGAUGGGCUUGCUAGCUCUGGUGCGUGCACAAAAUAGGAAAUUGUGGGGGACACAAGAGAAAGGAGCUUUAGAGUGCUAAAGAAGGGGUUUGGGACCAAGAGGGAUGGGGGUGGUCUGGGGGGCACAUGCCAUCAGAAUCUAUGGAAGGUUCCCCGCCUGAUGUGGCAGGUUGCAUGCAAGAAGAAGAAAAGAAGGAGGGGCUUGAAAACAACAUUGUUUUCGGGCUCCCCCCCCCCCCCCCCCCCCCCCUCUCUCUUAUAUGUAUAUAAUUAAAGAAAAAACCAUUCGAAAAACCUUUCAUUCUAGAUUGGGUUGGGAAGACAAACAAAAUAUGCUGAACCGAAUGGGACUGAAAAAAUAAAUAAAUUACGAUCAAUUCACUAUUUCGAAAGCACAAAAUGAGCAGCAAACAAAUCCUCAGCAUCCCCUAAUUUGUGAUUCUCCCUCAAUUUCUCUUCAGUUGGAAUUAAAUUCGACACCUGCUUAUUAAUGGUGCAGAGCCUGGACGCUCAACAUCUGUGGCAGCCAGCCUCGCCCUCAGCUUCUGUUGAACCAUUUUUCUUCUGGGACUGCGUGUUUUAAUUGAAUUGACAUUUUCUUUUCUGAGGCAAUAGUCCAGUGUCCAGCGUCGACGACUCCUCGGCGACUGACCCUGAGGAGGUGAGUCGGCAAAGAGAGGGAGAGAGAUGGGAGCGAGCAGCGAGCCGAACCAGGAAGGGUCGGACGAGCAGCAGAAACGAUCGGAGAUCUACACGUACGAGGCUCCCUGGCACAUCUACGCCAUGAACUGGAGCGUCCGGCGCGACAAGAAGUACCGUCUGGCUAUCGCCAGCCUGCUGGAGCCGUGCCCUAACCGAGUGGAAAUCGUCCAGCUGGAUGACUCCAACGGCGAGAUCCGCUGCGACCCCAACCUCUCCUUCGAGCACCCCUAUCCCCCUACCAAGAUCAUCUUCAUCCCCGACAAAGACUGCCAGAAGCCCGACCUCCUAGCCACUUCCAGCGAUUUCCUCCGCAUCUGGCGCCUAUCCGACGACCGCGUCGAGCUCAAGUCCCUCCUCAACGGCAACAAGAACAGUGAGUUCUGCGGCCCUCUCACUUCCUUCGACUGGAAUGAGGCCGAGCCCAAGCGCAUUGGCACGUCCAGCAUCGACACCACCUGCACCAUUUGGGACAUUGAGCGCGAGGCCGUCGACACCCAGCUCAUCGCCCACGACAAGGAGGUGAACGACAUCGCUUGGGGCGGCGUUGGCGUGUUCGCCUCCGUUUCCGCCGAUGGUUCUGUUAGGGUUUUCGACCUCCGCGACAAGGAGCACUCCACCAUCAUCUACGAGAGCUCCGAGCCCGACACCCCCUUGGUUCGCCUCGGCUGGAACAAGCAGGACCCUAGAUACAUGGCCACCAUCAUCAUGGACAGCGCCAAGGUUGUCGUGCUCGACAUUCGCUUUCCCACGCUCCCCGUUGUCGAACUGCAGCGGCAUCAAGCCAGCGUUAACGCCAUUGCCUGGGCGCCCCACAGCUCUUGCCACAUUUGCACCGCCGGGGAUGACAUGCAGGCGUUGAUCUGGGACUUGUCGUCCAUGGGGCAGCCCGUCGAGGGUGGUUUGGAUCCAAUUCUGGCUUAUACCGCGGGCGCGGAAAUUGAGCAGCUCCAGUGGUCUUCGUCGCAGCCUGACUGGGUAGCAAUUGCCUUCUCUUCCAAGCUCCAGAUACUCAGGGUAUGAUAUGAGCAGCACUUAGUUUGGUGUGCAAUUCAAUUACAUCUGCCACAGCGGCAGAGGGCAGGGGCGGAGGACUAUCUGGUAUGCAAUUGCGUUGGGCGGGUGCUGUGGUGGAUUCAACCUUAUACCAGGCUGUCGCUGAAAUACCUACCCACUGCUAACUUUUCUUGAUCGCUUUAGUGUGGUUGUGCGACCCGAAGGCAGGACCUAGCAAUGGCUGGCUGACCACGGUUUACCACCACUCUGUAUGUCUUCCAAUGAAAUUAGAGGAAGUCUCCAGCUCCCAGCCCUGUGCUGUUCUCUGAAAAGGAAUGUUCUGGAUCACACUACCAACAGAGGAGACAAAACAAGAACCAGGCAAUGGGAGGUCUGUUGAAGAGGAACUUUGGGCUUGGAGAGAGGUAUAAAUCAUAAACAGCCCAUGUAGAGGAAGAAAUCCUAGCCUUGAUCUCUCUCACAAUUUUUUGAGUUUUGUCGAGAAAGAGAAAUAGAAGAGCUUUUGAAGGAAUUGGAACAUCCCUCUCAAUUUCCAAAAUAUGUGGUUUUAGUCUGUCUGUACUUGUAUAGUGAGAGGGAUUUAGUCCCAGCGCAGCUACUGUUAUUGGAGUGUGAAGUAGGAUAAUGACUUUACGGGACAUGGUAUUUACCAACUCCCAUUUAUUAAGAGGUGGGGCCAAAUGUUAUGGAUUAAAAAACUCAAGAACUUCAUGAUAAGACUAUUGACGGAUCCUGGGAUCACGAGAGCAAGUAGAAGAAAGGUCAAGAAGAAUUGGAUCCUCAAUGGUUCAGUAAUGAAUUCACUUGCAGCCUACUAGAAAGCCUGAAUAAUGAAAUGAAAACUUCACACCUUAACAUAUCUCUGUUUCUGUGUCCUUGGUGUGUUUUUUUUUUUCAAUAAAAAUAAUUUUACAGCAGCCUAUUCUUGUAUUGAACUUCUCCUUUUUUGUCAUGCGCUUUUAUUUCUAUGAUGGGAAGUUUCCCUUUUUUGUGCUCCCUUCUUUGAACUAUUAUUUUGUAAACUUGACCAUCCUAGAGCUCGUAGGUUCUGUUCAAUAGAGAGAUCGAACUUUUGAAUUGCAACAUGGUUGAAACCAAUGGUUCAAUAGUUUGUUUCUGGCAUGAUAUCUGGGUCAAUUAGUCCAGCUUGUGCGGGAGGAAUUAUUCAGGGGAGUGGCCCCUCCAAGCUGGUGCUGCAUCUGGGUGCGCAUGCAUGCACGCGACACAUAGUGAUAGUGAUGGGUCCCUCUUCCUUUGUUCAGAUGAGAGUAUUUAAAAAGAGGGGGCUUCUUUCCGAUGGCGCAUGCUGGUGGAGGGUUCCCCUGCAUAGUUUUUUUUUCUCCUUGUACUGCCAGUGUCUUGGUGCUCGUUGGAAGUCUAUUUUGACAGCUAGUGAGAGUUUUGAAUUGUAAAUGGAAAUGCUUGGGACAAGUGGUUAAUUUGUUUGACAUAUUAUUCUAUGUUAAUUAUUCCAAAUUGUACUGCCA